AUGGAGAAGGCAGCAGCUAAAUUUGGAGGUGCAUUGCUCUUCUUCUUUUUGUUUGCUGCUACAUUCCAAGAAUCUCUGGCCGUUUGGCAGCGGGCCCAUGCAACUUUCUAUGGUGGGAGUGACGCUUCUGGGACAAUGGGAGGGGCCUGUGGUUAUGGGAACCUGAACAGUGCUGGUUAUGGAACAAACACAGCAGCCUUGAGCACAGCUCUCUUCAAUGAUGGCAAUGCAUGUGGGGGAUGUUAUCAGAUAGUAUGUGAUUCAGCGCAGGACCCGCAAUGGUGUUUGAAAGGGACCCAAAUUACAAUCACAGCCACAAAUUUCUGUCCACCUAACUAUGCACUUCCCAAUAACAAUGGAGGCUGGUGUAACCCCCCAAAUCAGCAUUUUGACAUGGCACAACCAGCCUUUGAGAAGAUUGCAAUAUAUAGAGGAGGGAUUGUGCCUGUUUUCUAUAGGAGGGUAGCAUGCAGAAAAAGUGGAGGUAUACAGUUCACGAUUAACGGACAUGAUUACUUUGAGCUAGUGCUAAUCAGCAAUGUAGGUGGGGCAGGGGAGAUAUCAAAGGUAUGGAUCAAAGGGUCCAGAACUGGAUGGAUUGUGAUGAGCAGGAACUGGGGUGCAAAUUGGCAAAGCAACUCCUAUCUCAAUGGCCAGAGUCUAUCUUUCAUGGUGCAAACAAGCGACGGACGGAUCCUCACGGCGUCUGAUGUUGCACCGUCCAAUUGGCGAUUCGGUCAGACCUUCUCCAGCUCCAUCCAAUUCUAAUGAUUUCAUUAGAACUUUCCUUUCUCUGUAUCCCCUUUUUUGGGGCAUUGUAGAGAUGUAAUGCAUUGGUUGUGGCUAAGUAUAUGA